GAUAAGUCGCGAGUCGAAAGUGUGCGUGUUGUUUCAACAGUGUGACGCCCCUGGUGAAAAACAGAAAUUUUCUUUGAACACCUCUUCCCCCAAAAAAUUGAACUUUCACAAACACCAGUGAAAACAACUCAAAACUCACUAGUUGAAAAUUGAAAUCAAAACAAGUGUUUACAAACUAGAAUAAAUUGUAUUUCCUCCCCUUUCAGCACCUUUUCUACGCUCUUCCACCCGGAAAAUUGGCUAAAUCGCUAAUUGAGAGGAUUUCAACUGGAAAUUUGUUCUUCAUCAUCUGUUUUCCUGGGUUUGGAUCUCCAAAAACAGAUGAGUGCGAGCAUCAUGGCAACUAGUGGAGGGAGGUGUGGUGACAGAGGGUGAAGAGAGAAGGGCAGGGGCGAAUGUUUCGCGAGUGCGCGCGUGCGCGUUUGUGGCGUGUUGCGCGUGCGAGCGCGGCGUCAUCCUGAUCGCUGCUGAAUCAGCUGCUUCACAAUAUGUUGCAGCCGACAAGUCGCAGACAAUGGACUCCCAACAUGUUGCAGCUGAAGAGUCGCAGCCAAUCGUUUUGCAUUUUCACUCUCAUCUUGCUGCAGGUCUUUGUCACGUCAGCUGCUGGCGAAUGCAGGGCAGCCUUGGGUAUGGAGGAGGGGCGAAUUCCUGACACAGCAAUUUCGGCCAGCUCUACCUACGAGCUGAAAUCAGUGGGGCCGCAAAACGCCAGACUGCGCCAAGAGCUGAACGGAGGCGCCUGGUGUCCCAAGGCACAGAUCAGCAGUGAGGUGCGGGAGUUCCUGGAGGUGGACUUGGGCCGAGACCACCUGGUCACGUGGACCGAAACUCAGGGUCGCUUCGGCAACGGCCAAGGUCAGGAGUAUGCCGAGGCUUUCCUCGUCGAGUACUGGCGAGCCAUGCUUGGCCGGUGGACCGUCUACCGUAACAGCGAGGGCAAGAAGAUACUGCAAGGCAACAGCAAUACUUACCUGGUCGUACGGCAGGAAUUGGACCUACCUUUUGUGGCCAGCAAGGUCCGAUUCAUACCCUACAGUCAACAUCCAAGAACCGUCUGCAUGAGGGUUGAACUCUAUGGCUGUUCCUGGGAACAGAGUGUGAUAAGCUACACAGCGCCCGAAGGUGAAACGGAGGGAGAUCUGAACGACCUGAGCUACGAUGGAGUGCGGAGUAAUGGUGUCAUGCGGGGAGGUCUCGGUCAACUGGUCGACUCUCUCUACGGCCCCGAAGACUUCUUGCAGAGGCAACCAUCAGGCAAUCGAUGGCUGGGUUGGCUGAACGAGUCACAGGAUGGACCACUGGAAAUCCUCUUCCAAUUCGACACGGCCAGAGAGUUCUCGAUGGUUCAUCUGCACACCAAUCACUACCUUGCGAGAGAUGUUCAGGUGCUGUCCUCGGUGGAUGGGAGAUAUGUGCGGUCGGCGGUCCGGGAUGCUCUUCAACUUGUGGCGCUGAUGGGCAACGUGACUGAGGAAAUUCUGGAGCAGUUCUAUCAGCAACAGCAGGACAUUGGUCAGGAGGAUAAGCCUGCCACUGGAGGCGAAACAACGCAUGCCAGGAAAGAAGUUACACCUGCCACCAGUCCCGCCAGCAACACUCAGGCCUACAUAGGGCUGGCAACAGGUGUGUUGGCUAUGGUCGUUCUCCUGUUGGCCUGCACAGUUCUGUUCAUGGUGCGACGAGGCCGCAAGAAGGUGGCCUUGCUGCAUAAACACACAGCGCUCGUGUCCAACACGGCCAAGCCAGGAGUCACCAUCAACAUGAAGGAGUUGAAGAUGAACAUGUCGACGCCCAUCAUCAACAACUCUCUCAACACGUCAAGGUCGCGUCAUUCUAUCAAGGUGUCAAAGUCUACGUCAGGUGGGCUCAAAGCGGCGGUGGCCGGGGGAGGCAUCUACGGUCACAUGGCAGUCGGUGAGGAGUCAGAGGACAGCGAGAACUCGUCAGUCUACCACGAGCCCUACAAACUGCUCCCCAACGGCAAGCAGGAGUACGGCUGUCUGCUCCUCAAGAAGGAUGCCAUCAAUAACAAGAGCACUGUCUCCGACUAUGCUGGACUCUGUCGAUCACUGGAUCUCACGAGCGUGAAGAGCUUCCAGGAGGAUGUGAAGUUCUCUCCAUCACUCUACAACCUCACACCCCCACCACCACCACCACCGGCCACCAGGCCACCCCCCUACGAGUGCGCCGCCCCCAGGGAGAACUACUAUGCUGCCACAGACAUUAUCAAGACUGAAAGGAGAGAGCAACAUCUAUCCCCUGGCAAGGUGACUCCACUGAAAUUGCCAGAUGGAUCACCAGAAAACGUCACUCAACUUCCUGAGUUCACAAGGCACAGACUUCGUGUCAUCGAGAAGAUGGGCGAGGGAUCAUUUGGAAUGGUUCACUUAUGCGAAGCGGAAGGAGUGCCAGAGCUCAACGGAAUGUCUUCGUUCCACAAGAAGCAAGUGGUUGUCAAGUCGUUAUGGAGAGGAUGCAACGAAAGCACAAAACAAGAGUUUAUGCGAGAGACAGAGUGGCUGGGCAGCCUGAAGGAUGCGAAUGUGGUGAGAGUGGUGGGUGUGUGCAGUCAGGAGGAACCCUACUGCGUGCUACAGGAACACUGCGAGUUCGGAGAUCUGCCCACUUUCCUGCAGCUGCAAGCGGGAGCGCCGCAUCAACAGGACAAUCCUACGCUCAGUUACGGCUGUUUGAUCUACCUUGCCACACAGGCUGCCUCGGGGAUGAAGUACUUAGAAGCCAUUGACGUUGUCCACAGGGAUUUGGCAGCGAGGAAUUGUAUGAUAGGCAAGAACUAUUUGCUCAAAAUAUCAGACCACGCCAUGUUCUGUUCUCAAUACGACGGCGAUUACUACUUGAGUGACACGAAGACUAAGCUUCCCAUCAGGUGGAUGGCAUGGGAAAGUCUUCUUCUGGGCAAACACAGCGCGAAGAGCGACGUGUGGUCGUUUGCAGUUCUUCUCUGGGAGAUCCUGGUGUUGUGCGGCCAGCGACCCUUCGCAGAGCUCACCGACGAGCAGGUGGUGGAGAACUGCAACCACUGGUACCAGGGCAACGGAAGCCAGCGACUCCUGUCGAGACCGCAGGCCUGUCCGAGGGAGAUCUACGACCUGAUGGGAGAGUGCUGGAAGCGGCACGAGGCGGAUCGACCUCGCUUCACCGAGAUACAUCUGUUCCUCCAGCGGAAGAACCUCGGUUACGUGCCGGCUAUCGGCUAACCGUCGGUUGAAGAUCGGUUAAACAGACCAUCGGUUGAUCACCGGCUAAAACAAGCAAUCAACCACGGGUUGACCAUCAGUUAACCACCGGUUGACCAUCGGCUAACCAUCGGUUGACCAUCGUUUAAACAUCGGAAGACCAUCGGUUGACCACCGGCUAACCAAACAGUCUCUCCACAACAGUGAGUUGAAACAUUCAUCAGUCGUUGUUACUUGAACCAAUUACAUAAUUUGAUAAUUAAAUAAUAAUUCUUGAAUCAAUAAAGACGUUCAUAUUGACAUGUGGGACAAAUUCAUGUGACAUCUAUCGACGAUGAGGGGGUAUUCCUCAUGAUGAAUUUCCUGAAAUAUAAAAUCUCUCAGGAUAUGUUCUUCAAGAUUGAAUCCUCCAUAAUAUGAAUAUUUUUUUGGAUCGGGAAGUCUAAAAUCCAAAGUUUUCGUUCGUGUGAAAAAACACAGUAAGUGAAACAGUUUUAUAAGAACUUGUAAACUAUUUUAUUCUUAUAAAUCCUCGUUACCGAUGCGAAUGAGAUGAGAUAAUACCACUGAGUGAUAAGAAAUCUUGGAUAUUAUUCCAUGAGCUGAACAAUGGUCCUUUUAUAUGCCUACGGAAAUUUGACAUACAUAGCAGUGGUUUUCCGGGAAAUAAAUCCCUCUUCAAGUUUCAGAAAGUCUGUUAAGAUGAGAUUUGAUGAUGCUUGGAAAUAAAUGAAUCCAAUCCACUUAACUGAGGUUUUUCCAAUUUUUAAAGCCUGGCAUGUUUUCCUUAAGGAUAUAAUGCUAUGAAUAUGGAAAUAUCAAAUCAUUUGAUACAUCAGUGACCACUCAAGAUAUCAAGAUACCAGUAAUAUUGAUAUUGGAUAAAAUAGAUAUUUUGAAAGCUAGACCUAGGUUCUCUACACAUUUCAGUAUGAAAACUGUACAAUAUGGCUAAUUCGAAACAUAAAUAAGAUCAAUAACAGGGUAGAGAAUACUGGAACAUUUCUUGUAAUCACCAUGACGGCAGUCAUUUAAUGACAAAAAUGAUCCAUCAUCAAUAAGAUGUCACUUAAGUUUGUUCUAGAUAUUGUCAACUUCAAAGAAAAUGUUAACAGUUUCUACUCUAUACAUCUGUUCAAGUGCGAUUUUUUCACGUGAUAAAACUCAACUCAUUUCAUAGGAACAGAACUUAAUUCAAUAAAUUCAUUAGAACAAAACUCAUCAUUGGUUUGAGGUAUGAACUAUCAAUGAAACUCAGGUACCUUACAACCAAAUCACGCUUUUAGAAAACAUUCCAGUGUUAAAUGUAAAUCUUUAUGUCAACGUGGACCUUUUGGAUGGUGUGCUCACAUAUAAAUAUUGUUGAAAUUCAAAUAUUAUCAUUAGAUAGGAUAGCGGUUUUCUCCAAUUUUGAUUAUUCUUUGAUCUGGAAUGUAUCGAUACUCUUGUGAAUAAAUGUUAUUAUGCAUUGAUAGAUAGAAUAUUAUUCUCAACCAUGAAUGAUUUGGAAAGGAACAACAGGCUUAAAACCCAAAACUGUUCCUUUGCCAAAUUUGGAUAGAAAUUGUCCAAAAAUAGGUUAUAUUCGUCACCACUUCAAUAUACUACUGAAUUGGUAUUUUAAAAUUGUGGAUUCAUUGGUUUGGUCUUUCAAGUUUGAGCUGUUUGUUAUUUUCCUGCAACUAUAUCGUUAUUUCCUAGCUCAAUUAUAUUUUUUAUGGAAAUGAAACAAUGGAUUUGAUUUGAUUGAUUUUAAGAUGAAAAUUUGAAUUCAUUCAAACUGUAGUAGGAUGAAAAGUGAUAACAUCAAAAUGAUUCAUUUCCAAUCAACGAUAUCAACCGAAAUAGAAUCUGUACUCAACCAUUUAUAUACAAAAUAGAAUAAGAAAUAAUAUCUUCAACAGCUUUCAAGUGACCCAUGUAUUUCUUUUAGAGAAGUCUCACGUUUCAUCUGAGAGUGAAAAUUACAAUCAUAUUUUUCACGGUGAUAUAAAUUGAUAUUUAAUUCAAUGAUUUAUAUGUUCAUGGGGUAUGGUUGCAGCUUUAAACCAAAUUUAUGAGAUAAUUUAUCACAGUUUACACUUUGAAUUUUGUCGAAACGUUGAAUAAGAAGAUUCAAGGUAGCUACUGAAGGAAACAAACAUAUAUUAUAGUAGCUUGAUUCGAUAAUAAUUCUUGUGGAAUUUCAUCUAUUUCCCUUUAAUUCUGAAGUUUUGGGUUCCUCUCUAAUCAGUAAUGCCUGAAUCCCAUCACGGGAAAGUUGCGUGCAACGUAAUUUCAACGUGGCUCUUUCUUGUAACGUGAAUGCAACGUGAGUUUUGCAACGUAACACUUUACAGAAUCGUUGCAUUCCAGAUCUCAGUUCUCUUAGCAAUAGCAACAAACAUGAUGUUUCAGUAUUAUAUCAGUAUUGUAUUUUAAUAUGAACAGUAGUUUAUUUACAAUGAUUGUCAGAUGUAAGAAAUAAUUGAAUGUUUCAACACUAGCACUAAAAAUAAUAUUGUCUCACAAAAUUUUCCAUUCUUCCAAAUUAGAGAAACAUUCCAACAUAUCUUUGAAUUGAAGAUUAAUAUAAUUAUCAUCCCAGGCAACAAAUGUGUAUGUUUCUCGACAAAUACUUUUAAAAGUGAACUAGUGAUCUUUUUGCCAACUAGAGAAAUGUUGAUGUUAACCUACACUUUUGUCGUUAUCUAUAUAGAUUUGAUGUUCAAUUUGUAACAAAGAUUUGUGAGAAUGUGAUCAGUUCUUAAUCGGAACCUCAUUUUCUCCUGAUUUUAAAACAAUGCAGUAAUAAACCAUGACAGAUUGAAUUCAAUACACAUUUCUGUACAUAUUCAGAAAUGAAUUGAGUUUCAAACUGAUGUGCUGGAUUGUUAUUAGAUGUUAUAGUAGAUUCAUUCGUAGAAUUACUCAAGUCUCUCAGUUGUUUGCACAUAGAAUAAUAUAUAUAGAUUCUCGUUGAAAAGUGUAAUAUUUGUGCUUCAAAGUUGUAUUGCGAUGUUUUUAUUUCAGGUUUUCGAUAAGCAUAGUUAGGCCUAUCUACUAUUAUUAUUAUUACAAAGACUUAACUUACUCACUCCAGUGUCUUUCUUGUGGUGAUAUCAGAUGAUCGCAUGUUGAGUGAAUGGAAGAUUUGAAGAGAAUUUUUGUAUUCAUAUCAUAACUGUGUGUGCUCGACAGAUCAGUAUGAAGGAAAUAAUUACUUAUUAACUACUAUCGUGUAAAAAGCACAUAAAUAUUGUACAUAGGACACGUUCUCUAUUUUAUUAUAGUGAUAAGGCUGUUUUGGAAAUUAAUCAAAUUUUGUAUUCAGUUAAUUGUGGUUUCCCCGUGUAUAUACUCUUAGACAUCUAACAGUUAUCAGGAUUUCUUUGGAAUGAACUGUAUCGAUGAGACAUUUCGAAUUAUCCUUAUGAAAAGAAUAUAAUAUCGAGAGCUCAGGUCAAUUGAGUAAAAGAUAUACCAUCAUAUUUCAAUUGUUAUAGUUAAUAUUCGCUCAAUGUUGAUAAAAAUUCAAUCAUUCACUCCCACUUUUAAAAAUGUUAUUGAUAUUAUGAUUAAAUCAUUAUUCUGUUUGAAAAUUGAUUUGCAAUAUUAAUGGGAUUUUUAUCGGUGAUGGAAUUUUGUUAGAUUUUUUUUCAAUCUAUUCUUACUUCUCAACAAAAAUUAGUGGAGUUCAUGACUUUAGAGGAAGCUAUCAGGACAAUUUGAAAAUUAGAUAGCUUCCAACUCAUCUCAGUGAAACUCACUUAUCUGUUUUGUAAGAAUUUUUAGGAAUGAAUAAUUUGAAAAUAUGGACGACGGACCAAACUUCAGCUCUGGUGAGACAUUAUCCAAUUUCGAAGCGUGACAUGGAGUAUCUAUUGAUAAUUCAGAUAGUUAAUUGAGAUCAUAAAAUUGUUUGUAAUAUUCAAUGAAACUUUUCCAACGAAUAGGAGAGUAAUAAUUAAAGUUUUAGUGCUCAACGUUCAGAUUAAAAUCGACUCUAAUGGUUGAAAUGUUUCAUUAUGUAAAGCAUUUUCCUGUGCAAAAUUAUUGCAAUGUAAAAAUGUGUAAUUUGUGAUAGACUGUAUGUUAUUGAUGAUUACGAUAAUAAUAGUUCAACAAUAAUCUAUACUUGAUCAUGUAAAGUUUUAGAUGUGCCAAUAAUUAUUUUUUUACCACAAAACGUAUCACUAUAAUGAUUACUAUUCUAUAACUUGCUAUCUAAUCCAAUAUUCUACUAACUUCCAGUGUACAUUGCUGUAAUGUAUUUUAUAAUCUUCCUCGAGCUGUUAUCCUAUCUAUAAGAAUGAAUUUCUACGCUGUAUUUUAUUGAAGACUUUCUCUGAUAAUCUAGUUCUUCCCUAAAACACGCGUUCGUUUCUGUAAAGGAUGCGAAGCGAUUUUCAAUACUGCCAACAAUCUCAUUCCAUUUUUAAUCAACGUGUUGGGAAAAAGUUUAUUUUUUUUUUAUCAUAUUAUUUCAUGGAUCACCCCUCAUCCUAUGUAAGCCAAUAAGAAAAAACACAUGGAAUCUUCAUAUUGGAUUCCAACUUAUCAAAUUCAUUUCCAAAAAUAUUAGUUCUAUAAUGAUGGUGAAGUUGCUUAUCAUUGGAGUUUCUGGGAUUUGUCUGUCAGGUGGAACGGUCCUCGUUUAAUCUAAGAAUAUUUUUUUUUAAAUCGAAGAUAGAAGUCGUUUAUCACAUCUCUCGUAAAGAAGCUAAUUUCUUGUUGAGGGAUUCAUAUUGUCCUGGUUCUGAAUCAUGGGCAAACAUAACUUGAUGCUAUUCUAAAUCAAUACCUAGUUUCAUAGAAAUAGUUUGAAACUCAAAUUGGUUUAACACAGUAGUUGAUUUGCAGUUUCAAUAAUGUAAACAUUACUAAAUGGCAGAUAGAACACAAACUGUAUGAAAUAGCUUAUAAAUGAAUGGUGAAAGAAGUUACAAAGUUCUAGCUAGCUCUAGUACGAUAAUCAACUUCAUUUCGAAAUUGAAUAGUUGCUGUAUCAAAUAGAGAUUUAAUUGGAGUUCAUUCAUCAACUGGCAAAUAUUUUCAUAACUUUGGAUUGAGAGGUGAAUAGGUUGUAGGCCUACUUGAAUAGUAUUUUUCUACUCUAGAUAAUCCUAGAAGUAAAUCUUUCUCGCUAUAAAUAACAAAAUAAUAUAUGCUUAUUUAAAUUCAGUUAUAAAAGUAUUAUUCUAUUGAGGACCUAUAUCGGAUUAAAAGAGAGAGAAUUUUAUCGACCAGAAUCGUAUUUCAAGAAAGAUCAUAUACUUGUACUAAUUCUGUAAUAUACCGAUAAUUGAAGAGGAUAGUUUUUUACUUGUAAAUAUGGACAUAUGGAAUACGUUUACGAGAGAUGUUUUUGAAUUGUAUAAAUCAAUAGAAAGUGUUUUGACCCACAUAAAUCAAAUCUCAAACUGAAAGGAUUAAUGUUAUUUAUUUACAAGUCGAAUUGAAACAUUGUGAAAUCAGGAUGAUAACGUAUUACAUUGAUUUCAUCAGAAAAUCAUAGCUUACUGAAUAGCCCACACUGAGGGUCAUUCUUCUAUCAUUUCAAACUUCGUUUACAACAAAAUUAUUAACAGAAUAUUUAUUUUUCCGUCUUAUAGAUUCUUUUUGAUCAAACGGAGCUUGAAAAACACAUAUGCACAUCAUGUGUAAUGGAAUCUCGUAGCUUUAUACUCUGUUAUUUUAGAUAGUUCACAACCAUUUUUCAUUUCUAUAGUAUCCAUCUGCAAUUUCUGAAAUCCAAGUUAUCCUUGGAUGUUUUGAUUGAUUAUAUCUUUAUAUUUGAAAUUGUUUACAUCUUUUUUGAAAUAUUGAAUAGAGAAUAAUAUAGACUAUAUCAUUUUGAAUCGUGGAUUAAUAUUAUGAAUAAUGCUUCUCUCAUUAGGGAUGAAUCCUUUCAUCUUAUUUCUAUCUUCGUUCUCUUUUUCUUCAUAGAUCUCGGUAGUCAUAAUAUGCUGUAUGUAUAACCUUCAGCAUUGUUCAACCUACUGAAUUUUCCAUUCUUCAAUUUCGUUCUUCGAGUGUGCACUUGAUUCUCAAAAAGUAACUGAUAUCUAUCUUAUCAGCAAACAGAAAUUUGAUCUUCCCAUUUCAUGUACUUAUUCAGUUACUAAACUGUUAUAAAUUUAUCACUAUUGGUGAUCAAACUUGUAUAAUAAUGUUAUUUGUACAGUAAUUACUCUAAUCCUAAUUUGUAAGUUCGGGAACGUUUGAUGUUCAAAUAAUUUUCUUACAAUCAUCUAUUGAUUCCCUCUUUCAAAGUGAUUGGGGAAAAUGUGUUACGAAUUGGACCAUUUUUGUAAACUUUAUCAUUUGUACUUAUAAAUAUUAGCUAACUAUAUAAUUAUUAUAGUCCAUAUCAUAUUACAUUAUAAUUAUAAAUGUAGAUGUUUAACGGAAAUUGUAGAACUACUUGUUCCUUCUUCGGAGUUCAUCAUUGAAGGAGUGAAUGGAAAGCAAAAAUUUCUAAAUGAAUAUAUUCAAUCAUUUUUGUAGUACCACUCAUGUUAUUUAUAAGAAUUAGCUUUUAAUACGGUACAUGAAUGAUCUUAUAUUGUUUCUCUUGUGAUCGUUUGAUGAAAAAUAUAUAUUAUCAUGACACGAUCAGUUGAAAUAAUAAUCUGUAAAUAACCACUAUUAGGCUUAGUUAGUAUAGGUUUAACUGUAAGCUCGUAUUGGGAACUCUUUGCAUAUCUGAAACGACGAAAAUCGAAUAUUAUCUCAUUUGACUAGGUUAUCCACUGCGUGUAGCCUGUAAAUAUGUUAGAAUGAUUGUUAAGUAAAAAAUUAUCUUAGCAGAAAAUAAGUGACUAUUGUAUUCUUAUCGCUUAUUUCAAAUAGUUUAUGUGUUCUUUUCUCUUAUACUGGCUGGCCUCGCCGUAAUUACCUUGAUAAAUAUUUUUAAAUAAUUGUGUGAAGCAUACAAUUACAGUAAUACAUAUUUAUUAUAACUCCAUGAAAGAUUUCUAUUAAGUGAAUUCUAAGUAUAGUCACAACUUGCACAGGUGGAAUGAGCUUACUCUUAGCGUUUUGGUCUCUACAUUCCUAUUUAAAUAUAUUUAUAUAUCUUUCUACAUUAUAUUUCAAAUUAGUCUAAUAAUUAUGAAUAUUAUAAUGAGUUGAUUUGAUCGAUUUUGGAAGAGUAUCAUAACUUUCACAAUAACCACAAAAAAUAACAUCGGGCUCCUUCAUCUGUGACAAGAAGAAUCGAAUCUUGUGAUCCAUCAUCAAGUUCUUUUGGUAUAUCUCGUAACACAGUAAUGGGUUCAGGCUUUAAAUCUGGAGAGAAACAACUUCCACUGUGGUAAUAAUUUUGGAAUCCCAAAUGGUUAGGAACAGUAUUCAGCUCAAUGAAAAGAACCAUGUAUCAGAUUAACAUCCCCUCUUCAUAGUGUUAAAUAUUCAUCGAAAGUUUUAGGAUAGGUAAUAGCUCUUCCUCCAGCAGAAAUAAUGAGAGUACUGAGUUUAAUCCAGUAACUAAGCAUUAUGAACAACUCCAGUUUUAAACAAGAUUUCUAUUUCAAACAAUGAGAUUGAAACUAAUAUUAUAAAACUUCCUGGGAUACGUUCCCUGUCACAUAUUAGGGUGACAGGUUUUUGAUCUAUCGGGGUUCAUUAAUUUCAUUUAUAUGAAGCUAGAGUUCAAAAUUUGGUAUUUCAAUAUACCCAUCCAUCAUUCCCUAGUUGUGAGUCGACUUAUUAUUAUGUCUUCUUAUUGGAUGAUGUAGAUGAUAUCAAGAAAAUAUAAGUCCCCAGAAAUAUGAAAAAUCCGACUGGAUGAACCACGAAAAUACCACUCCAGCUUUCAGUUCUGUCAAGGAUGAAUUCCAGCCGCAGUUUUCUGCUCAAAAACCAAACUGGGAACCUACAAGUGCAUUAAAAUAAUUAGCAAUAGGAAUGUGGAGACUGAAGCCAAAUAAAAGCUGACAGGAAUUGAAAUGAAUUCACUUUGUUCUAAUUAAAAGAUAAAUUCUUCUAGUGGCAGUCCACUUUAUUUCUCGUGCUGUGGUAUUUUUUCUUUCAACUCUGAAAGCGAUGUUAUAGACUUAGGUACUUGUAAAUGGUUUUAAUUAAUUAAUUAAGCUAGGAGGAGAAAUGACUGUUGAAGUCCAGUUAUUUCCCAUUGCCAGACGACAAUCAAGAGCAGUGUGGUAACCGAGGUCUGCAAAAAUGAAUAAAUUUAAUACAAUCGACACACAGAAAUUAAUUAAUUAAAAGUCCCAAUUCACUCAUGGGUGAAGCUCACCCUGCAGAUAUAUCUAAUGUAGACUUGUUGAUUGAAGUAGCAUUAUAAUAAUUUGUAAAUGUAUUAUGUCACCUUCCAAUUUUAUGAAUAGCAGGAUUUAAGUAAUUAUUAAUUAUCAUGAUUAUUGAAGUAAUAAACAUUAAGGUAUAAUAUAUCUUUCUAUAGUUGUUAUAUUUCUCUGACUGAUUUAUAAAUCUUUUCUUUCCUGUUUCCGUCACAUUUCUUGGAAGUUCUGCUUUGGAAAUGUCAAGCAAAGCUACUCUUUUUCUUGUAAAUCUAUCUGCUUGGUCGUUUAUUCAACAAGAAGACCGUUUUGAUGUAUACAUUUUUAUUCCUCGACCUUACAAAAAAGGUGCAUGUAAAUCUCUGAGAAAUGUUUUUGAAUUAUGGUGUCAUCAUAGAUUUUUGUAACAAAACAUGAAAUAUAUUGAGAAAAAUUGAACUUUCUGUAGUUAUGAUAUUUAUUACUUCCUUCUUUUUUAGAAAUUGAAUAAAUGUUUCCUUUGAUGA